AGAGAGAAGAAGACAUGUGGGUCAACUGAAGAGAAGGACAAAUAAAUGUAUUUGCACAGUGAGAGAAGAGUGCAGCAGAGUAUGUGAGCUUGUUCCUAGAGUGCCACCUUAUCUGUCUCUCUCCAACUCCUUACUUACCUCUGGAAGGCUGAACCCGUCACCCAGUUGUUCCUCUCCUGGUUUCCUACUUUCAUCUGCCACCAGGUUCAUGUGUGAAGACCCAACCUUAUAUGGACUCAUCACUCCAGCUAUGGCUUAUUUUUUUCAGGCAGCAGGCAACUGCUCAGUGUGCUCCAGCCAGACCCUGAAGUGAGCACACUUUGGCAUUUUUCCUGGAGUUACAAACUAUUUGAGAGGAGCUUGUGUGCUCUUGUGCUCUGUGAUAUCACUCAUCUGCAGCAGAUCCACCAACAAGCUGCCUGUGAAGCCCUGUGUGUGUGGGCUCUUCUGCUGCAGAUCCUGCUCUCUUCCUGCUUUUCUUGCUUUUCCUUCUCUUUUUUUUUUGUGGCAAAGAGGAUUGUUGUUGUUAUUAUCAUCAGCAUCAUCAUCAUCAUCACCAUCAUCAUCACUGGUUGACUGCAGCCUUCUGAGGAGAACAUGUCUUCUUUAACCAGCAACACCAAAACUGGGUUUUCUGUCAAAGACAUUUUAGAUUUGCCUGAUACCAAUGAUGAAGAAGGAUCAAUUACUGAAGGGGCUGAUGAAGAUACAGAAGGGUCUGAACCCCCCAAAAAAGCUGGGGGGCUAGGUCAGAGCACCCUAGAAGCUGUGCAAGGUCUGCCUCUGAAAAACCCCUUCUAUGACAAUAGCGAUAAUCCUUAUACACGGUGGCUGGCUACUACAGAGAGCAUCCAGUAUUCCUUACAUGGCUUUGCCUCUACCAAUUCCCAACAAGACUCUUCACCCAAAUCUCCAGAACCCUCAGCUGACGAAUCCCCAGACAACGACAAGGAAACAUCCAGCAGUGCAGACUCUGGCAAGAAGAGGAAAAGACGGGUCCUGUUCUCCAAGGCACAGACUUAUGAACUAGAGAGAAGGUUCAGGCAGCAGAGGUACCUGUCAGCACCAGAGAGAGAGCACCUGGCAAGCCUGAUCCGCCUCACCCCAACCCAGGUGAAGAUCUGGUUCCAGAACCACAGGUACAAGAUGAAGAGGGCACGGGCAGAGAAAGUGAGGGCACAACUGUCGAAGACAAUUUGGGACCCACUGUACCUAAGAUUUCUGACUUUAGAUGCACCUGCUGGCACCUGUAAUCGCUUUAGUCUGUUACACAUUAACAAAAGUGUUGGGAAAAUCGAUAUAAACCUACAAUAAUGGACAAGACAAGAAGGGAUUCUACUUGUUUCACACACGUAGGAGUAGAAAAGAGCAAAGGAAAAAAAAAACUGGACUGGUUAUAAUUAAUUGAAUAUUUACAUUGACUGGCGGAUACAAAGUCUCUCAUAUAUAUCAACAUUUAUUUCAAUGCUUCAAUUGUGCUGUGUCCUUCACCAGACAAGAGGACUGGCCCAAGUGUUGUACUGCACACAGUCCUGUAAAGGAACUCUUUAUUAAGGAAUACAGGAAUGAAUGUGAAUAAUGGCUGCAGGGGAAAAAGGGGACUUGGUAAAUAUCUGCUUAACCAGCUUUAUCUAAGUCGAUUAGGAGAUAUUUAGGGUUAGAGGAAAUUGGAACUUGGUCUUUUUAAGGCAAAGGGGAUAAUGCAAUAUUAAGACAUUGACAUUGAAAUUGGAUAUACAGUAUUCAGGGGCUUGUCUGAGCUGCAGAGCUAAAGGUUUCUGGGGAGGAGAGUGGAUGUUAUUUCCUAUACUGUUUGGAGAUCAGUCAUGAAUGAAGCUACCAGGACUUAAAGCCUGAGCUCUGCUCUCUACCUAUUGACCAUUAGGCUUAGACCAGAGCUACUAAUAUGGAUCUUCGGAUCUGCUCAAGAGUGUGGUCAUUGAGAAGCUAGUUCAAUAUUUACCAAAGUACAAUGACAUUUCUCACUUCUGUUUAUUACAGACCUGUUAGCUAAAGAGGUGAAAUAAAACCUAUAUAUCUAUAUGACAAUACAAGGUCCUAGUGGGGAAAGCAUUCAUUCUAUGGCCGCCAGGGAGAGAGCAUCAGCAUUACAAAUAAUUCUUCUUCUUCUUUAUUAUUAUUAUUAUUAUUACUACUACUUUUACCAUUAUUAUUAUUAUUAUUCAAUGUAAAUUUUCUCUCAGGUCACUAUAUAGUAUAUGAUGUGGGUCAUUCAGGUUGUGUGUGGUACAUAUUAGUAAAUUAGAGAUAAAUCUAUCUAACAUUAAAAUUGAUUUAUUCAUUUGCCUUCCUAUCACGAUUAUUUUCUUUCAUUAAAUAAAAGUAUUGGGAACUAG